UGAGUCUCUCUCAACCAUGGCCAAAUUAGUCACUGCGGGUAGAGCAGAUUGUCCACAUUAUGCUAAAACAGAACUUCUGGCAGACUAUUUACAAAAGAAUCUUCCUGAUUUUUGGAUACAUAAAAUCACACAACGUCCUGAGGUUUGGGAGGAUUGGCUAAAAGAUGUGUGUGAAAAGAAUAAGUGGAGUCACAAUAAUUCCCCUAUCAUAUGGAGAGAGCUGUUGGAUCGUGGAGGAAAGGGUUUGCUUUUGGGAGGAUAUAAUGAGUUCCUGGAGCAUGCCCAGCUUUACUAUGAUGUCACCUCUAGCAUGAUGACUGAGUUGAUGAUGGUAAUUGCUCAAGAGAACCUGGGGGCACAUAUAGAAAAAGAGCAGGAGGAAGAAGCCCUGAAAACUUGCAUCAACCCCUUGCAGGUCUGGAUCACCAGUGCCUCUGCUCCUGCCUGCUACAACCUAAUUUCCAUAUUAACGAGUGGCGAAGUGUUUGGGAUGCAUACAGAAAUUAGCAUAACUCUAUUUGACAACAAGCAGGCAGAAGAAUAUCUCAAAAGCCUUGUUGUGGAGACCCAGGACCUGGCGUCACCCGUCCUGCGCAGUGUCUCCAUCUGCACAAAGGUGGAGGAGGCCUUCUGCCAGGCCCAUGUCAUUGUGGUGCUGGACGAAAGCACCGACAAGGAGGUGUCCACUCUGGAGGACUGCCUCCGAAGCAGGGUGCCUCUGUGCAGACUCUACGGGUACCUGAUAGAGAAAAAUGCUCAUGAAUCCGUCAGAGUCAUCGUGGGAGGGAAAACCUUUGUGAACCUGAAGACAGUUUUACUCAUGAGAUAUGCCCCACACAUCGCAUACAACGUUAUUGCUGUGGCACUGGGGGUGGAAGGUGAAGCGAAAGCCAUACUGGCCAGAAAACUGAAGACAGCUCCUUCAUACAUUAAAGAUGUGAUCAUUUGGGGUAAUAUCAGUGGAAAUAAUUACGUUGAUCUGAGAAAAACAAGGGUGUACAGAUACGAGAGUGCCAUUUGGGGAUCUCUUCAUUAUUCACGCCCUCUUUUAAACUUGAUUUUUGACAGUGAGUGGGUAAAAAGAGAAUUUGUAGCAACUCUUAAAAACUUGACCACCAUAGGAAGACAAUUUGGAGGCAUUUUGGCUGCACACAGUAUAGCCACUACGUUGAAAUACUGGUAUCAUGGCUCACCGCCUGGGGAGAUUGUAUCUUUAGGAAUACUGAGUGAAGGCCAGUUUGGUAUUCAUAAAGGGAUCGUCUUUUCUAUGCCUGUGAAAUUUGAGAAUGGAACUUGGGUGGUUCUUACAGAUCUCAAAGAUAUUGAAAUAAGUGAACAAAUAAUGACCAGAGUGACAAGUGAUCUAAUUCAGGAGAAACUUGUCGCACUUGGAGACAAGAUACAUUUUCAGCCAUACCAAUCAGAAACUGAACUACAUAAAAAAGAUAAAAGGAUCUCCUUACCCAUCACAGAUGACAGCCAGGAAGAACAGGUCUCAGAUGAACAUGAAGAUCUGGUCCCUGAUGAAGAAAAAAAUCUAGUUAUGUCAGACGCAGCAGAUUUUCUAAAUCGGUUUCCUCAAACCACCUUUGAAAAGCCACAGAGUCUUGAGUUCCUAAAUGGCUUUGAAGGCAAAACUGUGGAAUCCUAAC